UCAUCACUCAUUACCAUCACUCAAAAACAGUAGAGGGAGUGAGUGAGUGAGUGAGGUUUGAGAGAAUCAAAUUCUUUCUACAAAGGUAUCCCAUUUGUUCUUGUCUGAUAUCUAAAAGCAAAGAAGACAAGAAAACAAAAGAAAGAAUACCCACAAAUCAGAACUUGUUUGAAAACCGAAAAGGCUAAGCAAAAGGUCUGUUAAUGCCACUCACUCUGUCUCUCUCUCUCUUUCUCCUGUAAUACACAGGGAAGCAAGCAAGGAAGAAGAAAAAGAAAAGAAUCUUAGUUUCCUAUCUGUCUAAUCUAAUCUCAACUUGAAAGACCGUGAUUUUCAAUUCUUAGAUUCAAGACAAGCAAUAUAUCUCUGGGUAGACAAGAGGUUCCUUAUUUGUCCUCAAAAUGGUUUCAAGAUCGUAUUCAAACCUCUUGGAUCUUGCUUCUGGUGAGCGCCCAACUUUUGGUAGUGAGAGGAGGAGACUCCCUCGAGUGGCAACUGUUGCUGGAGUAUUAUCUGAGCUAGAUGAUGAAAAUAGCAAUAGUGUUGGCUCUGAUGCCCCCUCAUCUGUCUCUCAAGAACGGAUGAUCAUUGUGGGAAACCAGCUUCCUCUUCGGGCAAAUCGAAGUCCUGAUGGCAGUGGGGAGUGGUGCUUUAGCUGGGACGAGGAUUCUCUUCUUUUACAACUCAAAGAUGGUCUUGGAGAAGAUGUAGAAGUUAUAUAUGUUGGUUGUCUUAAAGAAGAGGUUGACCCUAGUGAGCAAGAUGAUGUAGCCCAAACAUUGCUUGAAUCUUUCAAAUGUGUCCCAGCUUUUAUCCCUCCUGAUCUUUUUAGUAAAUUCUAUCAUGGAUUCUGUAAACAGCAUUUGUGGCCUUUAUUUCACUACAUGCUCCCGCUAUCACCAGAUCUUGGUGGCAGGUUUGAUCGGUCUCUUUGGCAGCCUUAUGUUUCUGUGAACAAGAUAUUUGCAGACAAAGUAAUGGAAGUGAUUAGCCCUGAUGAUGAUUAUGUGUGGGUUCAUGACUACCACUUGAUGGUUUUGCCAACAUUUUUGAGGAAGAGGUUCAAUAGAGUAAAGCUUGGGUUCUUCCUCCAUAGUCCAUUUCCAUCAUCUGAAAUAUAUCGGACACUUCCUGUUAGGGAUGAACUUCUGAGAGCACUUCUCAAUGCUGACCUGAUCGGCUUUCAUACUUUUGAUUAUGCAAGGCACUUCCUCUCUUGCUGUAGUAGGAUGCUUGGUCUUUCUUAUCAAUCUAAGCGAGGUUACAUAGGCCUUGAGUAUUAUGGUCGUACUGUUAGCAUAAAGAUUCUGCCUGUUGGGAUUCACAUAGGUCAACUCCAAUCAGUGCUGAAUCUUCCUGAGACAGAAUCAAAAGUUGCAGAGCUAUAUGAUCAGUUUAGAGGUCAAACUGUCAUUCUUGGUGUUGAUGACAUGGAUAUUUUUAAAGGAAUCAGCUUGAAACUUUUGGCCAUGGAGCAACUGCUCAUGCAACAUCCUGAUAAGAGGGGUGAAGUUGUUUUGGUUCAAAUAGCAAACCCAGCAAGAGGCAGAGGACGGGAUGUGCAAGAGGUUCAAUCUGAAACCAAGGCCACUGUGAGGAGGAUUAAUGAGACAUUUGGAACACCAGGAUAUGAUCCAGUGGUUUUAAUUGACAACCCACUCCAGUUUUAUGAGCGGAUUGCAUAUUAUGUUAUUGCAGAAUGUUGUCUUGUUACGGCAGUAAGGGAUGGAAUGAAUUUGAUACCCUAUGAGUAUGUUAUAUGUCGGCAAGGAAAUGAAAAGCUGGAUGAGACAUUGGGGCUAAUCCCAUUGGCUCCCAAAAAAAGCAUGCUUGUUGUUUCAGAGUUUAUUGGAUGCUCCCCAUCAUUAAGUGGGGCAAUUCGAGUAAAUCCAUGGAACAUUGAUUCUGUGGCUGAAGCUAUGGAUUCUGCUCUUAUAGUCCCUGAGCCAGAAAAACAGAUGCGACAUGAGAAGCACCAUAGGUAUGUGAGUACACAUGAUGUUGCAUAUUGGGCGCGCAGCUUUUUGCAGGAUCUUGAAAGGGCCUGCAGGGAUCAUUUGAGAAGGAGGUGUUGGGGAAUUGGAUUUGGUCUAGGUUUUCGGGUAAUUGCUUUGGAUCCAAAUUUUAGGAAACUUUCAGUUGAACAUAUUGUUUCAGCUUAUAAGAGGACAAAGAAUAGAGCAAUUCUUUUGGAUUAUGAUGGAACUAUAAUGCUUCCAGGUUCUAUUAGUACUGCUCCUAGCACAGAGGCUGUUGGAAUAUUGAACAAUUUAUGUAGAGACCCUAAGAAUGUAGUUUUUAUUGUUAGCGGGAAGGACAGAGAGACUCUAGCUGUAUGGUUUUCUUCUUGUCAAAAGCUUGGUAUUGCAGCAGAGCAUGGUUAUUUUGCGAGGCCAAAUCAUGAUGCAGAUUGGGAAACAUGUGUGUCAGUGCCAGAUUUUGAUUGGAAACAGAUUGCUGAGCCAGUAAUGAAACUAUACACUGAAACAACUGAUGGUUCUGCCAUUGAGACCAAAGAGAGUGCUCUAGUAUGGAAUUACCAAUAUGCAGAUCCAGAUUUUGGGUCAUGCCAGGCUAAGGAGCUCCUAGAUCACCUAGAAAGUGUUCUUGCAAAUGAGCCAGUUUCAGUCAAGAGUGGCCAACACAUAGUGGAAGCUAAACCUCAGGGUGUCAACAAAGGACUUGUGGCACAAUGUCUCCUGGAAACAAUGCAAAAGAAAGAAAUGCUUCCUGAUUUUGUUCUCUGCAUUGGGGAUGACAGGUCCGAUGAAGACAUGUUUGAAGUGAUAAUGAAUGCAAGGGCAGGCCCCUCUCUUUCCCCAGUUGCUGAAGUUUUUGCUUGCACUGUUGGCCAAAAGCCUAGCAAGGCAAAGUACUACUUGGAAGAUACAUCUGAGAUUUUGAGAAUGCUGCAAGGCCUGGCCAAUGCUUCAGAGUAGGCUGCGCGAAGCACUCCUCAAUCGUCACUAAUAGUGACCAUUGAUAGAGAGUAAUUACAACGUCUCUAUUCACUGGGUCUUCUUGUGUUUUGAAUGUUUUGUGCUUGAGUGAUUUCCACAGACUUCUGGGCUUAUCUGAUUGGGGUCAAAUUGACGUUUGGUGGUUUUAUGUCUUUGCAUUUUCAUUGGAUGCACGGACAAGUUUGUCCGAAUUCUGUUGCACAGUAAUUAUAAUUUUCUACUGCAAGUAGUUUGUGC